AUGCUGCAGCCACGAAGGCCCCGUGUGGCAAGUGUCGUGGGCACACCCCAAGUUUGGCGUAUUGCUGGCGGCCUGUUCAGCUUGAACCAGUGGACCCAGGCCUACGUCCACGCCUUCCACGAGUCCUCGGUCAACAGCAUCGCCUGGGCGCCGCACGAGUACGGCCUUGCACUCGCCUGUGCCUCUGCUGACGGCACCGUCUCCGUUCUCAGCUACUCUCCGGAGGGCUGGAGCGUGAGCCAUUUCAAGGACAGUGCGCUGGGCUGCAACGCCGUGAGCUGGGCUCCAUUCAACUCAGUGGGAUCGCAGGGCCCGUCGGGCCCCAUCCGCCGCGUGGUGACGGCGUCGUGCGACAAGACCAUCAAGAUCUGGAGCCUGCCUGAGGGCGAGUCGGAGUGGACCAAGCAGGAGCUGAGCGCUGUUCCCGCUCACAGCGACUGGGUGCGAGAUGUGGCGUGGGCCCCGAGUACGGGAUUGCCCGUGAACCUCAUUGCCAGUUGCUCCGAAGACAAGCACGUGUACAUUUGGUCGCAGACUGCCGAAGACAGCUCCUGGAAGCGCGAGCUGCUGCACACGUUUGACGCUCCUGUGUGGCGUGUGAGCUGGUCUGUCACUGGUAACGUGCUGGCUGUGUCUUCGGGUGACCACAAGGUCACUCUAUGGAAGGAGACGCUCGACAAGAAAUGGAUUCAAAUUUCGUCUGUGGACGAGGCUGGGGCCAUUCACAACGGCAACGAGUAG